CUUCACUCUCCUUGACUGUGCACAACAACAAUGGAGUAAGUCGCUUCUCUCCUGUGAGUUUUCAGUGAAUAUGUAUUAAACAAAGCAAUGACAGGUUGAUCUUGUGAAGUCGGAUUGUAGGGAGUGAAGAGUGCGCGUGCUGUUCAUGCCACCAAAGCACGGGUUUAUCUGUGAACAGGAAGGAGCGUGGCUCCUGGGUCUCGCCAUUCAUUUGCACACAGCUGCAUUCCAGUUGAGUGAACCGAGCGUCUGUAAAGGCUAGCCAUGGAUGAAGAGUUGACGCCUUUGGACUGCCUGCUGCCUUCAGGCACGCAGAGGAUCUGUCUGAUUAUUCUGAACCAGCCUAUCGACAAAGAAUACCUCCCCAUCGUUUGGAGUAAAGCUCUCCUGAGGGCGUGUGCUGAUGGAGCUGCCAAUCACCUUUAUGACGUUACAGAUGGAGACAGAGACGGCUUCCUGCCCGACUAUAUCAGUGGGGAUUUUGAUUCCAUUACCGGCAAGGUCAAAGCGUUCUACGCAGACAAGGGGUGCAAGCUGAUAGAAACAGCUGACCAGGAUCUCACAGACUUCACCAAGUGCCUCGCAAUCAUGGUGGAGGAAAUUCAGAGACAACAGUUGCAGGUGGAUGCCAUAGUGACACUGGGGGGUCUGGCUGGCAGAUUCGACCAGAUAAUGGCUUGUGUGGAGACCCUGCACCACGCCAUGUCCAUGACUCCACUCCCGCUGCUGAUUAUACAGGGGAGCAGCCUGGCAUACCUCCUCAGACCCGGCAGCCACAGACUGGAUGUGAACACAGGCCUGGAGGGUGACUGGUGCAGCCUCAUUCCAGUAGGAGGACCCUGCCAAACAAUCACUACUGGGCUGAAAUGGAACCUGAAUGACCAGGUCCUGCAGUUUGGGAAGCUGGUUAGCACCUCCAACACCUACGAACCUGUUGCCCCUGGAAACCCCCGGAAGCCUGUAACCUUGACAACAGACCAGCCUCUGCUCUGGAGCAUGGGUAUCCGCAAGGAGGGGGAAUGACAACAGUCGUCCUUCUUUGCAGGCAAUAUUCAAACAAAGUCGUUAGUCUUGAAAAGCAUGAAGGAAAGGUUGUAAAACAGCAUUAUAUGUGGCCAAAAACCUGUUGAUUGAUCAAUGUGUGGUUAGCUUUGUUAAGAAAAUUCCAAACUAACCAAAGACAGAUUGUUUAGUUUUAUCAACACUGUGCCUGCCAUCUUUGUCAAGGAUAUUUAUCUCAACACUUUCAACUGGUUUUAAGUUACAGUUGGCUGUGAUUGUCACUGUGCAGGCUUAAAUUCAAAAUGCACUAUGUAGAAAUUAAAUAUGCACCAUAUAAAUGAGCCUUACCAACAUCUGCUUCCUCAUUAAAACCUUUUGAUAUCAGGGAACAUUUGAAAAGGACUGAAAAUACAGAAUAUUCCAGGGACAGACCUCACGAUACCUAGAGUCCAUUUUCCUUUAAAUGUGUGAUGUGUCACAGCCUAAAGUGUGUGCCCUCAAACUAUUUGUGCCUUACAUUGACGGUGAAGUUGUGUAUCUGAAUGUCAGACAACAUUCAAACCAAACUGGAGUAAACAUACUGGAAUGAGUCAUUCUGUUGUUGUUGUUUCUAUUUGGUUUAUUUACACAUUGAAAUAUAAAUGUUGUUGUGCACAGAAUGUAAAAAUGUCAUCCCUUCAGUCCCCAAUCACACCAGCCCAAUAACACCAUGCAUCACCAUCUUCGUCCCCAGGAAUUGAAGUUUGAGUUUGUUCUGUCCAGGAUUUAACCACCACUAGAGGGGAAAACAAGAGAAGAGUAGAACCAUUGAGCUUUGUUGUUGUACUAACCAUUUCCUUUCUGCGCUGUAGGAGACACUGUAAGGAGCCUUAAUGAAUGUGAUGUUGAUCUUUCAACAUACCGUGUGCUCAAAAUAAAAUCAUGAAUGCCACAA